UAAAGCCGCUCGGUUCGGCCUUCACGGCCUACGAAGGAUACAGCUGCUGAAGUGGGGCACUGCUUCGUGCUGCUCACAGGCUCUGAUGGAUGCUAGCUUCGUGUGUGAUGGACUGUUAGCUGGGAGAGUUUAGUUUGGUGCUAAGACGGAGAAACAUUUCAGGGUGUGAAGCAAUAGUGGAGAGUUUAUCGAUGAGGACUGACUGCUGCAGAAGAAAUCUGCUCUGAGGUUAACAGAACGUCUGAUCGUCCAGUAUGAGAUCAACCUUCAGCGCAGACUGCUGGAUAUCAGCCGGAAACCCGAGAUAAAGUUACGCAUGAGUGACCCUUUGUUCCUCAAGAUCUCCCACAGCAACAUGAAGUGUGAGGAAGAGGAGGGCCUGUAUGACCAGCAGGUCUCCAACCAGGGGAGGAACUCCAGUCUGGACCAGGAGGGCCCAGAUCCUCCACAGAUCAAAGAGGAAGAGGAGGAACUCUGCAUCAGUGACGACGUAGAAAAGAUCGUACUCAAACAGGAGGACGAAGGUCUCGUCUGGACUGAAGAAGAGCAGCUCAGACAGCUGGAUAACAUCUGGAAACCUGAAAUGAACUUACACAGCAGGGCUUUCCCACAACAGCGUGAAUGUGAGGAGGAGCUGGUUUUUGGGGACCAGGAGAGAAACUUCAACCUUGACCAGGAGGAUCCAGAGCUUCCACAUAUUAAAGAGGAACAGGAGGAACCUUGCACCAGUCAGGAAGUAGAUCAGCUUGUAGUGAAGCAGGAGACCGAAGGCAUUAUUAUCUUCAUGGUGGCUCCUACUUAUGAGGAAAGUGAACCAGAGCUGGAUAGUGAACAUCUCCUUUCUUACAGCUCUCCUGAACCAGAGAGCAGAGAUCAGCAAGACAACUUUCCCGUGUCAGAGAGUCAGCGUAAAACUGACUCAAGUAAAAAGUUUGUGAAAUGUGAGAUUUGUGGAAAAACCUUUGAGUAUCGAUCCAAACUAACAAGACAUAUGAGAGUUCACACAGGUGAGAAGCCACAUUCUUGCAGCACCUGCGGAAAAAGAUUCAGCCUGAUGAUAAACUUGAAAACUCACAUGAGAAUCCACACAGGUGAGAAGCCGUAUUCUUGUGGCAUCUGCGGAAAAGAAUUUAGAGACCAAUCAACGUUCAAAAAGCACAUGACCGUUCACACAGGUGAGAAGCCUUAUUCUUGUAGCACCUGCGGGAAAAGCUUCAGUCAGAAACCAACACUGGAGAGACACCAGAGAAGCCACACAGGCGAGAAGCUGCACUCCUGCGGCACCUGUGGGAGGGAAUUCAGUCAGAUGAUAAACUUGAAAACUCACAUGAGAAUUCACACAGGUGAGAAGCCUCAUUCAUGUAGCACCUGUGGGAAAAGCUUCAUUCAGAGGAUACAGUUACAAAGACACAUGAGGAUUCAUACUGGUUAAAAGUGGGAGAACUGUCAGAUGAAGCAGUCCACUGAGAAGCCAGAUCAGAGCAACACCUGGGUGAGGAGAUGACCUCCUUAAUUAAAAAAACUCUCUGUAUUGUUUAUUGUAUGUAGGGGUGGGAGAUAUAGCCUCAAAAUAAUAUUUCAAGAAACUAAAAUUUUAAAAAAUAAUGUACAUUUUAUCAGCUCGGCAGGCAGCAGCAUUUAUAUGUGUAAGUAAAUGAAGGAUUUUCCAUCUUUCUUUUCCAGUGAGCUACUGUCACUGAUGACAGCUUACCUAAUUCAAAGUGUGAAAAUAUGGCCACCUCAAGGUGCUUUAUAUUGUAAGGUAAAGACCCAAUAAUAAUACAACGAAAACAGAGAAAAUCCAAACAAUCAUAUGAUCGCUUAUGAGCAAACAUUUCAGUUUUUCAGGGAAGGAAAAACUUCUUUUUAAUAGGAAGAAACCUCCAGCAGAACCAGGCUCAGGGAGGGACCACCAUGUGCAACAAGGAAAGUUUUAAGCCUUAAAAGUAGAGAUAGUGUCUGUCUCCUGAAUCCCAACUGGAAGCUGGUUCUACAGAAGAGGGCCUGGAAGCUGAAGGCUCUGCCUCCCAUUCUACCUUUAAAUACUCUAUGAACAACAUUAUAGUGCAAUGUUAGUGACACGGCAUACAUGAAAUAUGAGCACAGAAGUAUCCUCAGUGGUGUUUUUCCUGGAAAUUUUAAGAAAAGUGUAUUAUAAGUGCUUACACUCUACUUUAACAAUAUCUACAACAACCUUGUAAUGUUUAAGGAGCCUGCACAAUACUGUCAUAAAAUUCAACCUGGUUUGUUUUAUCUUGGGUCAAGCUUUUUAACCAGCUCUGCUUUUCCACCAUGUAACACAUCAGUAAUUUCCAUCCACCGACUGCUCUUGUUGUUAUAUUAAAUGUAACUCACGAGUGCUCCAGUGAUGCAUGGUUGAAUCAUUUGUUUACUUUUGGGUCGCACAUCACUGCUGCUAGUAUCUCCUGCUCACGUGCCUUCAUAGCCCUGUUGUACUCAAGUGUGUUUUUGCUUAAAGUGUUGAAACAGGUUUGCUUUUUUCACUUUCAGUAGGAAAAGUUUUCUUGCCUAUGUUGCGAAGCAUUCAGCUACCAAACUGUGACUGGAGCCCGACAUAUGGCUCUGGCUGUGAGACAUGACUGGGGUUGACUCAUUGUGGUGAAUGCAAACAUGAUGUUUCCGUAAGCACACGUUUUUGUAAACAUUUAUACCAGUAUUAUUACAGAUCAUAUGAUAUGUCACAGCCCUAAUUCUGUUUGUUGCAUAUUCCAUUAAAAACUGUAGUGAAGAUGAAACACGUAUUUACAUUCAUUUGACGUAAUAUUUGUAUCGUGUUGAGCUGUUGAAAAAGUUGCUGAGAUGUUUUAUUUUUUUGUUUAAUGGAGAGGUUUUACUACAUGGGGUCAAAGCUGGAAAGAAACACACAUGAGACCAAACAUUUUGUGAUUUAAUCUUGAUUUUCAUGAAGACUGAAUUUCAGCAUGUGCUCAUCCUGUUGCUUUGUAUGUUGGUGUUGGUUAUGUGUCUUAAAAGUGAAAUAAAGAUUUCUUUAAAACUACUUGUGGCAAUUUUUUUAAGGCACAAUCUCUACAACAUGAAACAACGUCUGUGAAGCACAUUUUGUACAGGAGCAGGGAAACUUGCCCAUCACUGUGGUGGUGGGGUGGAUGAGAUUUGCCCGGGGUCACUUAAGGCUCUGUAUGUUGUGAGUCUGUCCUGGUUGUCCUGCUCAAACAUUGUAUGGAAGUUGAGGUCAGUGCCUUCAGACCGGCCAACUAUGGUGGUAGUGAUGGUCCCCUGUUUUAUGAAGGGAGUGUAGAGGGUAUGUUUGCACUUCAGGCCUCCCUGGGAAGAUCCAUAUCUGUAGUCACUUUCACUGUUUUCUUAUUGCUGUUUCAAAUUGUUGUUUGUUUGUAGACUUUUUAUUGAAUGAUUUCUUUUCAUUAUUAUUUUAACCUGAGGCUUUAAGUUUGUAUUAAUAAUAUGUGCAUUUAUUUUUUAUUAUAUUUGCUUCACUAUUUUUUAGAUGUUUUACUUUUAAUUGUUCUAUGAUUAUGUUUAUGUGG